AUGUCGUUCGGCUACGACUCCGUGUUGCUCUUCAGCAAAUCAACCUCCGAUGUUGGCACUUUUGCUGAGCAGCUUCUGGAGUCGCUCUUGUCACAGCGCAUGAAUGUGGCCGAGACACGUCCUAUCAUCUUCAUCUGCCACAGCCUUGGCGGAAUCGUAGUGAAAAAGGCCAUAAUUAGGGCUCACGAGAGAGAUCGGUACCACAACCUUCUCAAUUCCAUUCACGGAGUCAUGUUCUUUGGCACCCCCCACCGAGGCUCCUCGCUCGCAAGCUGGAGCACUGUUCUAAGCAAUGUCGCCAGUUUCGCCAGCCUCGGCAGCAAGACAAACUCGAAGCUCUCUCAACAUUUGCAGACCGAGUCUGGACAGCUGCAAGAGAUCUCCAAAUCUUUCGUCGACAGGGCCAAGGCUCUUCAGAUAAUCAGCUUCUACGAAACGGACAAAAUGGAGUAUCUGAAUCAACGUGUGGUCGAAGAAGAUUCUGCUGUUCUGGGCUUUCCAGACGAAGUGUCUAUUGGUAUCAUGGGAAAUCAUCGCACGAUGUGCAGGUUCGAUAGUAUCGACGAGCAGAGAUAUCGCUGUGUCUGGACUAACAUUCAGAACUUGGCGGGCUCUGCGUCCAAUCCAAAGCAAGCCAGUAUUACCGGCUCAGAUAGAGCCAGCGCCGGAAUUGGUGCAAAAAUGCCAUUGAGCGUUCUUUCCCAGCCAUCCUCCACCCAGAAGCCUAAGGGAAUGUGGUCAACUGAAAUGGAACAAAAGUGGAGGCCGGACUACCUUGGUGAAAACUUCGACCACGCCAAACAUGACGACGUAGCCGAGUCUAUCAACCAGAACGAGAUUAAGCGCCAGCAGAAGCUGGAAGCAGCUCGACAGAAAGAAGAACGGAAAGCGCAAUCGAAUUUUCUGAAGUUGUUAAGGAAUUCCAAUUACGGAGCGCACAAGGAUAGAUACCCACCAGCUGUCCCUGGUACUUGCCAAUGGCUAAUACGCCACGAGAAGUACCGGAGCUGGAGACAGAAGCCGGCCUCCGAUCUUCUCUGGCUCUCAGCUGACCCGGGGUGCGGAAAAUCGGUGCUCAUUUCUUAUCUGAUCGACCACCUAAAGAGCUCGGAAAACAAGAUCCAAACUCCAGAAGUCGUCUGCUAUUUUUUCUUUAAGGAAGACAACAGCGAACAGAAGGAUGCUAAUCACGCUAUUGCAGCUAUGCUUCACCAGCUGUAUGCUGCCCAGCCAUGGUUACUGAAACACGUCACCAACCAAUUUUUGGAUGAGGGCAAGGAUAUUCUACGCUCUUUUAAUAUGCUGUGGAAGCUCCUGGACAUUUCUACUACGGAUCCCUCCUCAAGAGAUGUAAUCCUCGUCUUCGAUGGUCUUGACGAAUGCGAGCCAUCCACAAGACAACAGCUACUACAAUCACUCACCCGGUUCUACAGCACCAGGGAAGGAAGCAGCCUCACAAACCCUCCAUUUGUAAAGACAAUCAUCGCAAGCCGACCCGGCAAUGAUAUCAAACACGCCUUUGACAUUCUACCAACUAUUCGACUCAGAGGAGAGGACGAGCCAGAGGCAAUCAGCCAAGACGUCGAACUUGUCAUUGAGCAUCAUAUCGAAAAUGCGACCCGCCGAGGAAUACCUAGAGAAGUCCUAGCAGACGUCCGAGCAGGCUUGAUCAAGGGCGCAGACAGAACAUUCCUCUGGACUACCCUGGUCAUCGACCUUUUAGAGACCAAGAAGGGUGCAUCCAAAAGAGAGCUGAUUGACAUCCUCGAUGCACGAGGCGACAUUUUCCAGAUCUAUGACAGACUGCUCGAUCAAAGCUCCGAUGCCUUCCAAGCUAGGAGACUGCUCCAAAUCGUCGUUGGCGCUAUCAGGCCUAUGACUCUGUCAGAACUGAGUGUUGCAAUGGCUGUCAGCACGGAUCAGAUGACAUUUGAGGACCUGAAGCUCGACGUGGUGCAUAAUUUUGAGGAGCGUGCGAAAGAACUUUGUGGCCACUUCAUUCGCAUCGUUCGUGAGACGGUCUACCUCGUCCAUCAGACGGCGAGAGAAUUCCUUCUCGUCGAAAUGCAGGGCGACCACACAGACUCUCAGUCCUCAAUCCCGAGGCCUCCGGAGAGCAAAUGGCACAGUUCCAUUGUACUCAAGCGCGCACAUCACGAGGUGCUGAACAUCUGUCUGACCUAUCUGUCUCUUCUCAAUGUCAAGUCCUCUCGCUGCCUUUCGAUCGCGGAGAAUCUCUUCAGUGAUCUAUUCGCAGGCAGAUUCCUCGAGUACGCCGGCCGCUACUGGACGGUGCAUUACCAUCACAUCGCCCCGGAUCUCACUGCCAGCCAGCUCGACGCCUGUGCUCGACUGUGCAACUCAAACACGGUGGGAUUCGGGGAGUGGUUCAACAGGGCAUCCGAGCUCGCCCGGAACCCUGGGCACAGCCUGAGGGAGGGCGUCACUCAGCGCGAUAUAGCCUACCUUUUUGGCUUGACCGAAGUGGUUCAGCAGCUGGAUCGUAUGUUGAAGCCCGAAGACGUGCAUGACCCUACGUUGCAGCAGGGUCCGGCGCCACCGCUCGUCCAGGACGAAAAUGGGAGUAUCGCUAUUCCGCAGUCGCCCCGGCUUCUGGCCGUGGAGGAGGUAGUACAUCCGCACACCAUCUCCCCUGGACACCUAUUGGAGUCGCCAUUGAGCGAGGCCGUGGACACGGGCUUCCAUUUGGUGGGAGCGAACCGCCGACGGCUGUGGGCUUCAAAGGUUGCCGUUCGUGUCUCCAACGGCCCUGAACACCCACUCCCUCGCCUUAUUGCUUGGCUACCGCACGAGAGCAGUCUCAGGGCCGAGCUCUUAGCCGAGAAUUUCAUCAACUAUGUCAGAUGCCCUCCACCAGAACACAACAAGCCGAAAGGUACCAUACUUCUGAUACAUGGCUAUCCGCAAUGCUCCUAUCAGUUCCGUCAUGUCAUCACGCCGAUAGCCGACGCAGGCUACACUGUCAUCGCACCCGACUACCGCGGAGCUGGCCACUCCUCAAAACCCCGAGACGGGUAUGAGAAGACGCAAAUGGCUUCCGACAUUCACGAGCUCCUUACGAAGCAUCUUGGGAUCAAUGAGCCGGUUCACGUGGUCGGGCACGAUAUUGGAGGAAUGGUAGCUCACGCCUAUGCCUCGCGUUUCGCUGAGGACACCGCCAGUGUAGCUCUAGGAGAAUUCCCCAUGCCUGGAACCAAGGUUUAUGACACUUUCUGCCGGGAGAACUCUGGAGUGUGGCACUUCCACUUCCACUGGCAGACAGACCUUCCAGAGCUGCUCACCCAUGGUAGGGAGAGGCAGUAUAUCAAGCACUUCUAUGACCGUCUGUGCAUCAAUCCCUCCGCCAUCACGCCAGCUGAUGUCGACUAUUACGCAAGCAUGUUCGAGAAGGCGGGAGCUAUGAGAGCGGGCUUUGAUGUGUACAGGGCCUUCCACAAGGACGCCGAGGAGAAUCGCGAUUGGGUGGCGAAUCACGGCAAGUGUGCGGUGCCCUGUAUGUCGUUGAACGGUGAGGGGAGCUUCUUGGCCAGCAUUGCCGCGGAUCAAAACAUGGAGGUCUAUGAGGCCACCGAGACUGCGACCAUUCCGGGCUCCGGCCACUGGUGUGCUGAAGAAAAUCCGGCGGCCUUCACCCAGACCGUACUUACUUGGGCGGGGAAGAAUGGGAAAUCAUAG